AUGCGCCUCACGCAGGUUGAACGCGACGGUCUUUUGGAAGCGCUCCAGCGCGACACCUACGGAUCCAGAGGUGGUGUCGUUCAGGACCGGGUGCGGAAAGGCAUCCACAAGAAAUUGGUGGCAGAUCAUCUGGCAUAUUGGACCGGGCGUUGCCCCGAGAAGCAGGCACUCCUUGAGGAACGGCUUCGGUGGCUGACAAAAGGGGGUUGCCCAGCCAAAGGUGAUCCCUGGUUACCUUGGACCGAUCCUGUGCGUGCUGAGCCUUUGCGUGCCAAAUCGCGUUCGAGAACGCCGGAGUGUGCCUUGGAAGGGAGAUCUGUCCGCGCCCAUCGCAGCGUCCGCCGACUGUGUCCGAUCCUGCUGCGACUGACUCUGAGGCUCUUAUUGUCUUCCGACCUAAGGUACGUCGUAACCUUAUCGCUGCAACAUAUCUGGAACCUCAUCCGAGGAAUAGGCCCAGGGCAGCCCAUCCGCUACAUUGUGUCUCUGGACUGCCACAAAGUAUUGGACCGAAACCUGGCUGCGUCCGCCGACGCAGUGGGACGGCUGCUUCGCAAGCGGCCAGACACUGCUGUGGUCAUUUGCAGUUACGCUGUGAAGCAGGGGACAAAGGCGAUCGCCGAAAGGCACAUCGGUGAGUUUAUUGCAAGGCUGAGUGUUCCUCACCGGGAGGUCACCAUCCCCGUCCUUUUCACUGCGAGCAAAACUGACACUGAGACCGGAAAGCCUGACAAGCUGGCGAGGCUAUUGGCGAUCAGCGGCUGCACAGUGGAUCAUAUUGACGACAACUGGGACAUCUGCUCCGCUUUGCAUUCCGGGGUGUCAUCCAGCACGCCGCCUGCGCAGGCCCUCAGCAUCCGACAGGAUCGUCGCGUCUUGCGACCCCCAUGUUUGCAGGAGGAGUUCCAGGUGCGUACCCAGGCUGAGGCGGUAGUGCAAACUGUGAUAGGUCAAGCCCGCUCCGAGGCCCAAGUCAGGAUUGCAGAUCUUCAGUCCCAAAAUGUUCGGCUUGCUGAGAUGAAUCGUGAGCUUUCACAGCAAAUGCAGCUUCAGGCAGAGAAACUUCGUGAGCAACAAGAAUUUUCUGUGACGCUGCAUCAGCAGCUCGUUGCUUUGCAGAGUCAUGUCAACGCUGCUGAACCUCCUGAGCCUAGCAUGCCCCAACCUUCCCCCAUGACAAGUUCAGUCCAAAAUGGCGCGGAUCCCACAUUGGCACUGCAAGAGCUUGCGCGUCAGGUUGGUUCGGCAUUGUCUAGGAUUGAGCAGACCGUCCAGGUCGUACUGAGCCCAAAAGCUAAGAAACCAACGGCAAAGAAGAAGGCCAGUGUCAAGGCAAUCGCACCUUCCAUUGCAUCACCGAUCCCUGCAAAAGCUUCGGGGUCCAGCGGUUUGAGCGCAGCUAGCCCAAUUGGGUUCGGGUUGCCGCCGUAUGCAUGCAGCCGUAGGGACACCUCCACGGGUAGAUCGCGCCCAGCGACACCCCUUCUUCGGUCUCCACCGCCUGCGCCACCGAAGUCGAGACCGCAGCUUUUCGACAUAGGUGAUGAGAACGGACCAGAUGAGCCCGACGAAGGCGAGGAUAGCGAGGAUGAAGAGGGUUUCGAGGAUGAUCCCAUUGUCCCUGUUGUUGACGACGAUCAUGGGGAUGUCAGAGACUAUGAGUCUAGCAUUUACAGGUACAAGGACCUCAAGGAUUUGCGGUUGCCACAGAUCCCUGCUAGCACCACUGAUUUCCGUGCAUAUAGGAAUUCACUGCUCACUUCCGUGGCCUCGAUUGACGGUAGUGGUAGGUCAGUCCUCUUGAGGUGGCUCCAAAAAUGCUUGGAUCCCGCAAGCUCAGUCACGGACACGCGGCAGUUUCAAGCAGACAACGAAGGUCUGCCCAAGCUUGACGCAUGGAUAUCCGCCAAUUUGUGUGAUGCAAAACACCUAAAGGGAGAAUGGGGGCUCCAGGCUCAGUCGUAUCUCGAGCGUUGCCAUGCCGCUGGGUCAAUGCCAAGCGGCCGGGCACUGCUGUCGAUCCUGAGCCGACGGUAUCGUGUAGACAAGGUACGCGGCCCUUUGGUAACCCUGCAAUCCCUCUUUGACCUCGAGCCCGAAUCGUACUCAUACCAAUCGUUGGUUGCCUUCAAGCAGCGUGUCGAGUAUGUCCUCAACGGAUUGCCCGAAAAGCAAUGGCCUGAUCCUGAAACCAUGUUCAGUUGGGUCUAUUCCCGAUUGAAGGCAUGCAGGCUCCUUUCUAGGACGAUCGAUCGCGUGAAGGACUCCAAACCUGGGUCUAAGCGUAGGACGUUUGAGUACAUUUGGAAUGGGCUUGAAGAAGUGCUUGCAGAGGUUCGCGAGGAUUCGCCAGCAGAGCGAUCCGGUCAAAGACCAGCGUGCUUCUUUUACCCAAAGGGAACGUGCACUCGAGGGAAGGAUUGCCCUUUUGAGCAUGUAGAGGCACCCAAGAAAGCUGCUCCAUCAAAGGCCACCCCCAAGGUGCCUGCUGGAGUUGCGUUGUUAGCAGCCGCGUCGACGGGCGCAAGUGCUUGCAACAUUCCCUCUUCCUUUGAACGCGGUUUCAAGGCAACCUGUCGGUUGUUGGCCGCACCUUUCAGGUUCUUUGCCCGAUUCGCAGCAGCGUUGUCAGUUGCCUUGCCCGCGACUGUUCACCGCCCGCAUGAUUGCAUUGCCGCAACAGUCAGCAGACCUAACCGUUCAGGGGGGUCAUACUCUCUUGAUUGGGUUGCUGAUUCUGGGGCGGGGAGAAGCCUGCUAAGCCAGUCCGCACUUGCAGAGCAAGGCAUCGUCACGGAUAUGUUCAAAGAUCACAUCCAGCCUACAAAACCGUUGCAGUUUGAAACAGGGAAUGGGGUUACGAGCAGUAACACCUACCUGACUACAACGAGCGAUGCCUUUGGAUCAGUAGAAUCCUACGUUCUGCAAAGCUGUCCGGUAGUGCGAUCAUUGGGCCAGCUAGUACAGCUGCAGAGAAAGCCUUUUGUUUGGCUUCCUGACCAACUGCCAUUCUUUGCAACUGAUGAAGGUUGUGUUCAGGUUGCGUGGGAUUCGGAACAGGUCGUGUAUGCCCAUAGGGUUGAGGAUUUUGUUCCGGUUUUCCGUGAGCAUGUCAAGUUCGGUGGCCAAGGCAGGCCAAAGGCGCUAGCAGCUGGUGAGUCUGCUCCGGCAGCCCCAGCCGAGGAUCUGCCUCCAGCAGAGGAUCUGCCUCCGGGUGAGGAACCACCGUUGCCAGGCCCCGCCGAACCACCCCCGCCUGCACCGGGAGAAGGUUCCGAUGCCGAUGACGAGGGUGAUGAAGAUCCACCGACCAAGGCAGCGCGCUUGAGUAGCGAAGCCCAAAGCCUUCAACACCGCCUGACUCACAUGCCCAAGAAUCCUUAUUGUGAUGUGUGCAAUCGCAGCAAAAUGCUCAAGAAGCGCACCGCAAGGGUCAGAUAUGCCAGAGGUGAAGAUGAGCUUGAUGCAGUUGACGAGUUCGGUCAACGGAUUGCUGCAGACUUCAUCAUUGUGCAUAAGGAUUCUAGACUCACUGAAACGGUUGUUCUUGUCGUUCGGGAUGAAGCAACUGGUUACAUCAGAGCCUUUCCUCUUGUUGCAAGAGAUACGGAUAGCACUGUACGAUCGCUGUUGUCGUUUAUGGGCAGGUAUGCUGCUGGCCCGUGCGUCCUUUUCAAAAGCGACAAUGCGCGUGAGCUGCUCAGUGCUUGUGCAGCAUUAGGUUUCACAUCGGAGCCCAGCUUGGAGCGCCGAUGGCCCCACAACGCGGUGCUCGAGCGAGAGCUUCGAACCUUAGAGGAGUGCACCCGCGCGUUGCACAUUGCAUCGGGGUUCCAGCUGCAUGCCGGCUUUUGGGUCCAUACCGUGCGAUAUGCCGCCCACACGUUGAACCUUUUCCACCCUGCAGUUGGGAUUGAAGGUAGCCGCUAUGUUAACGCUGUGGGAUCAGAGUUUGAGGGAUUGCAACUUCAACUAGGACAAUUGGUCUACUACAGGCUUGCCCCAUACCUGAGAGAGAAGUUCCAGGCUUCCGCCGCUCCUGGAAUAUUCGCCGGGUGGAGGUUUGACAGCGGACCAAAGUCGUUUCGGCAAGUCUAUCAGAUCCUUGACUAUGGGAAGCUGAAGAAUCGCGAGCCGGGAUUUGAGAAGGCCAUUUCAGUUCCGAAAGAAGAGCUUCAUGUCCCACGCGGUGACCCCAUCCUUCCUAUGUUCACUGCAGCAGAAACUGCGCUUUCGGGCUUCACGCAAGCCGAGUACGAAGCCAUUGAUUUCCUUGAUGUACCGUUCAGUGCGGUUGCCCCUUCAACGCCAGUCGCCAAAAGACACGAGUACAUAACCUUGGAUCGGCUGAUACGGCUAGGCGCAACGCCCGGAUGCAAGGCAUGCAAGUUUGACGCAGUGACGCACACGCCGGUGUGUAAAGCAAGGUUUGACGGCCUCAUCAAGGCAGAGAAAAUCGCAGCAAGUAAGUCCGUGAAAGGUGCAGCGCCGCCCGAUGUAGAGCGCGCUGAGCCUUCGGGCGAGUCUGCUCCCGCAGCCCCCGAAGGUGCCGCAGCGGCUCCUGAAGCCGGACGCUCCUCUCAUGACCGCCCUGCUGCAGCCGGCGUGAUGAUUCUGCCUUCAGGUGACAAUUUCGCAAAGGUCAGGCUUGUCCUGAGCGAAAAGUUCCUUGCUAACGAGAAAGCGCGCCACAAAACCCGAAGGGUUGGCGGGCUUCCAGGGGAAAAUGUUCUGAUCGAAUACGGGUGUGAAGAUGAGUCCGAGGUGAGUGAUGCUUGCGAACGAUGCAAAGUCCACUGCGUCAGCGUGUCUCAGUCAACACUCGACUUGGCGUCGCAAGACAACGUGCAGCAGGUUGUGGCGCAAGCCAUCCCGGGCGUAGAUGCAUGGUUCAACAUACAAUGCACACACAUGACUUCACAUCAAUCCGUGAAUCGUGAUUCCCAUGGUCCCAAGUAUGCGCGGAAGUUAUCACAAAGACAGGCAGCAUCCAAGCGAAUGUUGACGCUGGCGUUGAACGUCGCUGACCAUAUCACAUGUCAGGGGGGUCGAGUGUCCUUCGAAUGGGGGCAUGACUCAGGGGUUCUCAAGCAACCCGAGUGGGUCGAGUUCUCGUCGAGACAUGAACUAUCCCUAGUUGAAUGUGUCAAGGGCAACAAGCCAGUCGUCAUUGCAUCGAACUCGAAACGAGUCCUUGAGUGCUUCGCCAAGACCCCAAGCGUAGACCCAUCCAACGAUGCCGCGUCCGGCAUUGAACCCCGUGAAUAUGCAGACCUUGUGGUAGAGGCUUUGUAUCCCCAGCGGUUCUUCAAAAGGGUCCCUAGUCUUAGCGCAACAAACGCUUUGAUCACAAAGAGCCUCACUAGGCGUGAGUGGCAGUCUGACCCUAGAGCACUUGAGGCGAUCAAGCUGGAGGCAGAUGGCCUCCGUGCCAACGAGACGUGGGAUGAUAGUUCCGUGAUGACACUGCAACAGCUUCGUAGCCAAGCAAGGGCCCGAGGUCAGAAGCUUCGGGUGGCAGAGGUCAUGACAUUGUGCGGGGUAAAGCACGCUGAGUUAGCCCCCGAAUUCCAGCGAUUCAAGGGGAGAAUCGUUUACCGAGGGGACAGAGUACUAGACGAGUUCAACAACUUGGUUUUAUUCGAAGAAACCUCAACAUCGCCAACAGGCCUGGUUGCACUCAAUGCAUCCUUGUUUUGGGGCAGUCUGCCGGGACACGAGGUGUCGUGUUCGGACGCCGUUCAGGCGUAUUUACAAUCCGAACUUCGCGAAGAGACCUACGUCAUUCUCCCAAAGGAGUUGUGGCUAGAGGGAUGGGAACAGAGAUUUGGCGGUCAGACAAAACUUGUCGUAAGGCUACGCAAGAGCCUAUACGGUCACCCGCAAGCAGGACGCUUGUGGCAGGAAUACCUGGCUAGGUAUGACGGCCCCAUGUCUACCACAAUGGCAUUCAAAAUGCCUGAGUACGCAGAGCAGAUCGUCCAGACCUAUUGCGAGAUCACCGGGACCAGUCCCGACAAACUCCGUCGCGUGUCCACUCCCUGCAACGCUGAGUCAGCAAUGACAGACGAAGAGAUCGCAACCCAAGGCGACCUUCAUGACUCAGCAGCCCGCAUACUAAUGCGCUGCCUGUGGCUGGCACGGCUGUGUAGGCCAGACAUAUCCUUUGCUGUGACCCGCCUUGCCUCCAGGGUGACCAGGUGGACAGCCUGGGAAGACCGUCAGACACUGCGACUUGUGUCAUACAUCCACCACACGAGGGAAGUUUGUAUGCAUGCUUCAUGUUCCUGGGACGCUCCGCCAGUGCUGAACGUAUAUACAGACGCAGACUUUGCAGCCUGUCCCUAUACCGCCAAGAGCACUUCUGGAAUCGUGGCCCACAUUGGCACAGGGAGCCUUGCGUGGCCCGUCAUGUGGCAAUCCCGGAAGCAGUCAUCGGUCGCGAGAUCGACUCCGGAAGCCGAGCUCAUUUCCAUGGCAUCCGCGAUGUUCUCGGAGGUCAUAAACCUUCAGACCUUCCUGGAGGCAGCGUUCAAGACUCCAGUGCCCGUAGUAUUCCACCAGGACAACGAGGAGCAUUUCUCAGCCGAAUACAUCAAAAGCAAGGACCAGUUGGCUAACGGUCUGACUAAGAUCAUACCUCCAGCUGAGUGGCCCGAGAUGCUGGUGCAGUUGUGCCUGAGUGAUGCAUCCCCGCAGCCGGCGGCAGUGUCCAAGGCAGUCGUUGAUGAAGCAGAGCGUUUUGCGAGUAAUUUGCCUCGAAAGGUCACGCAGGAUGACCUAUUGGCGUUGAUGACUUACCUUCCAGGUGAAGACGCAUCACGUCCCACCACGGCCGACACAACAUGCUUUUCCACUGGUGCUUUCGCACACGGAGGUGGCAUCGCAGGAGGUCACUUGUGGAUACAGUCUGAAACAGGCCAAUUCCCUUGCCCGGACCAGAGCAGAGGCCGAAGAACAGUCAUCAUCGCAUACACCCCUCGCAAUGUGAGCAAGCUAUCAGUCGAGCAGCGACUUGAGCUUCAGCGACUAGGCUUCAAUUUCUGA